UACUACUUUAGUACUAGCCUAUAUUAGUAUGUAUAACCUCGGUCGUGGUAUGUGCUAAAGUAUUUUUUUCUCAAUCGUAUAAAAAUCACAAAUGUUAGUGCUCAAUUAUUUUCGAAUCGUAUUAUUCGUUUAGUUUGAUAUUAUCAACGUCAUUGAAAAUACUGAAGUUUAUAUACGCUGACGCAUAUUUUCCAUUGCAUUCUCCAAAAACGUUUUAUCGUCUCAGUGUUCGAUAGUGAGAUUUAGUUACGUCGCAGAUGUAUUGUUUGCGCGUUAGCCUAAAGUGACUGAUUUAAUAAAAAUUUUGAAAUAACAAUUGUCAUAAAGUAAUAAUGAUUGGUACAAAAUAUCAAAUAUUACUACUUGCUGUUAUUUCUUUAAUUUUUAUUGGUCGCUCCAAUUGUCUGAAAAGAAAUCUGGACUAUGCAUUUAAUGAAGGCUGUGAUAUACUUUGUAAAGAUAAAAAUGCAAAACUUGGACAUGUCAUUGCCAAUGGAUUAAAUGAUACAUUACACUACCUCUGGGAUUUUACAGAUAUUCCAACUAUAUUUAUAGCUCUUACUUCUCACAAUGCGAAACUUCAUAUUAACUGGCAUGAAUAUUUGAAAGGCUCCCAGUAUUCUGUUAAUUUCACAGAAAAGCCAUUUUAUACAUUUGGGGUGGCUAUUGACAGGAUUCUAGAAUUCCAGGAUGGUAGUGAUACUGCGAGAAUUGAUACAGUUAAAGACAAUGAUAUCAAAGAGCUACUAAUGAAAAAUUUUCAGUGGCACCAUAAAAAUUUGACGAAACAUGAUUCAUUUGUUGAAUUUUAUACUGAAGCUAACAAUUACAAAGAUCCUGAUACUAAUAAGACUCGAAAAGGAUCAUUAAAAUUUUUGGUACAUGGAUUUGGUAGUCAGAAUCACUCAUUUUUAAUGCCAUGUAUGCUGCAUUCUGAGAAUGCAACUCAAGUUGACAUAAUAGUUGACAAUUUAGAAACAAGUGAAAAUUUUAAUCAAAGCCGAUUUGCCUUUGAAUUAAUAAUUGUAAGUGAACACAAUGCUAGUUCAACAUUAGUAGUUGAUGCAACAAAAAAACUUGAUGAUGAGUUUACACCUGGUACCUUCGAAGUCAUGAAAUUAAGGACACCUAAAAUAAAUAAUAAAUUAGGUUAUUUACAAUGGAGACCAGUGUCUUAUACCCACAUAGAUCGUGAUGUCACAAAUUCUACUGGUACAGUUUACUAUCCUUUACAAAAAGCUGUAGUCGACAAUUACUUUUCUAACAACUUACUGUACAAAUACUAUGGAGAAGGUAUGUAUGAUGUUCUAGUCCAAAGAAUGAAUAUCUCAAUGGGAGAAAAACGAGAUAAGUUUUAUAAAGCAACUAAUUAUACUACAUGGACUUACAUUGUUGGGUAUGGAGUUCCUCUAGAUGAAAAAUUCUCUGUCAUGGUCAUAUUAAUGAUAGCCAUUGGUGUUGGUCUGCCGACGAUCUUGUUAAGUGUAGCAGCAAUUUAUGUUUGCUUACGCCAAAGAAGACAACAAUCCAGAUAUGAAGAACCAAUUUUAAGAUAAAUAUAAAACCACUUGUUAAUUUUCUUAAAUGCAAAAGAAGCAAUACCUCAAUUGUGCAAAAACUAUUUCAUAUACCCAGGUGGUUUUAUGACAUGAUUAACGAAGAUUACCAAGGAAUUUUUUAGAUUGAAAAAAAUAUUCAAAACUAUAAAGUAACAUUUACCAUAUAUUGAUGUUAUAUCUAUGGCUGGUAAUGUUCACGUUGGUUUAUAAAAAUACUCAUGUUCAAUUGCCGAUAGUGUCCUUAUUACACACCCGUGUAAUUUUUUGCUAUUUGGCGAUAUUAAAACUCGCAUUUAAUAACAUACGUAUCUAUAUUUUUAAACGAUAUCAAACAUUAAAGAAUUGCUAUAAAGUAACUACUCGCUGAAAGAAUUGUUAAGAUACUUAUGCACGUUAAUUUUGACAAUUCGAACGGAAAGAGAGCAUUUCAAAAAUUUGAGUUCAAAUUAACAAGAUUUAUAUGUGUGUGAUUGUACGUCAAGGUACUGGAGCUAAAGUUCUAAUUACAAUAGUUUGAGUAUAUUAAUUGAAAGCUGUAUUUUCAAUGAAGACUCUUCAUAUCUCAAACGCAAAAAUUAUUUGUAAUUAUUAUCAAUUACUGUCCUAUUAAUGGAAUAAUAGUAAUUGGUUAUGGUGUUAUUUUGUGUUCAGCAAUUGGUUUAUAUGUUAAAACAACUUUCCAGAACUUGUAAGCAAAAUCAUGACGAGUAUUUAGUUCUCGUAAUUAAUUUAGAAUAAUUUUAGUUCAAUGUCUGUCGAAGACAAUUAAAAUAUCGCAAAAUUAAUUAAUGUUGUAAUUUUAAUGUUUUAGAUAAAAUCAUAAGCUAAAACUUAGAGCUAAAUCUUGUUGCUUAAGUUAUAGUAUUUUAGUAUUAUCUGGAAUAUUCUGUAGAAUUGGAACAUUCGAUGACGUUUUAUCUUUCUGUAAAAAACGUACAGUCGAACUCCCGGCACUUCUCGCUCUCGGGAGUAGCUCGCCCCGGCACUUCUCGGUGAGCGGCAGCCAAUCAGAGCGUACGGCCAGGUAUGGGCAUACUGUAGCUUGCCGCGUGGGCCCUUUGGGGCACUCAAAAAUAGUUAGUUCAAAAUAAGCAACUGCGCCUUAUAUUAAACAAAAUUCAUACGUUAACAACGAAGUAUAAUUAAUAUGACAGUCAACUUUUUUUUGAUAAUUUAAAAAAUUGAACGCAAAUAAAUUUUAUUUAUGAUUUCUACAUAUGUAUAGGCAAUAAUUAGUUAUUUAAUUUCUUUGUAAAACAUGAACGAACGAAAUACUUCUUUUUCUUAAUACCAUAUUUUUUUAUAUUUUUGUUACAUUUUUAUUAUAAAAAUAAAUCGCUAAAAAUUUUGUUUAUUAUAAAAAUAAAUCGGAAAAUUUUUUUUUCUUUAAAAAAAUUAAAAGCAUCAAUUGGUUUGACGAGAAAGUCUAAGACAUUCUCUAUCGCGUUUUUUUUGUCAGAUUCUAAUUUGUUAGUGUAAAAUCAUUAUAAAGGGGUUCAUAAGUUUAAAAUCGGAUUAUCUGCAUCCAUAAAACUAAAAGUUUAAUGUCGGAUUAUGUAUGUGUAUCCAUAAAACUAAAAGUUUGAAGUCGGAUUAUCCAUACAUAUUCGGAAAUCUAUUGAAAUUAUAAAGAGGGAAGAAUAAGCCUUCCAAUAAGGCCGUAAGAGAAAGAGAGACCCCCUGGUACGCAAGGGGCAGUGUACGGUCCUGCCCCUUGAGAAGUGCUGCGGCGAAGCCAGCGAGAAGUGCGGGGGCGCAAGAAGUGCCGCAACGAGAAGUGCCGGGGGUUCGACUGUAUAUCUACUUCCAGAAUUAAUAGUUUCAAUAUUGUAGAUAAUUGUUGAAAGUAAUGCGUUUAACAUAUAUUUUGAUACGUUUGGUGAAUCUUCGCGAUAUACCUAUAAGAUAUGAAAAUAAUGCCUGUACGUGUUAUUUUUUUAUCAAACUAUUAGUAGCUAUCAAAUUUUUGACAUAAAUUCAGUGUACUCAAAAUCUUCCAUGUACCUAUUUUUAUAUCACGAAAAAAUUUAUAUAUAUAUAAGUUUGCUAUCUAAUCAUAUCUCCUUGUAUGAAAUGAUGAUAAAAAAGAUACAAAUAUUUUCUAAUAAUAUAUGUUGUCAUUUACCUUUAUAUAUUUUACAACAGUUCAAGAUUCUAGAAUAAUUUGAAAUUUGAAAGUUAUGUUAUGGAUUUAAAAGUAUAUUGAAAAAUACGUAAUUAAUAAAAUCAGAGAAAACUACUCAACAGUAUUUGAAUACCAUAUAACUGUCUUUGUCGAAAAGUUACUAUGGAAUAUAAAAUAUAAAGUACUAUUCAUAUGCAUUGAUGGAUUGUCUAUUAA